CCGAAGGGGCCGCACAUUGCUGAUUAUUUGACCCAGUUCCUGAAAUCCGAGUCGGAAAUUGCGUAAAGGGUCAAAAUUCACGAGUAGACUUCCGACGACUCUCCGUCUGAAGCUUUGCGUCUCCUCUACAUACGCGGAAACUUAAAGCUUCAGACAAUUUUCAAUUUUUAUUCCCGGAUUUCGGCAAUAAAUCUCGGAAUCUCUAACCCUUUUUUCUGUUUCUAAUUUCGAUUUUCCGUCGGGAAUUUCAUAAUCUUCCCCCCCUUUUGAAAAAUAUUCUUGGGUUUUGAAUUUGCGUAUGGGAACUCCGGAAUUCCCUAAUCUCGGGAAGCACUGCUACGUCGAAGAUUGCAAGCAGAUCGAUUUCUUGCCCUUCACUUGCGAUUGCUGUCACCAGGUCUUCUGUUUGGAGCAUCGUAGCUAUAAUACGCAUAGUUGUCCGAAAGCUGAUAAACGAGAUGUCACAGUUGUCAUUUGCCCGCUCUGUGCCAAAGGAGUUCGUCUCAUUCCUGAUCAAGACCCAAAUAUUACUUGGGAGUCACAUGUUAACACCGAAUGUGACCCAUCAAAUUAUGAUAAAGUCACAAAGAAGAAAAAGUGCCCCGUACCCGGCUGCAGGGAGUUGUUGACGUUCUCAAACACAAUCAAGUGCCGGGAUUGCUUGGUGGACCAUUGUUUGAAGCACCGUUUUGGACGCGACCAUAAAUGUCCUGGACCCAAGAAACCAGAACCAGCAGGUUUUCGAUUCAUUGGUCUUUUAGGUAGUAGAAAAGAGGAGAAAGGGCCUAACAAACCAUUGCCCACAUCUUCCUCUAGGUGGGCUACGACCAUUCGUAAUGCAGCCUCAAGCAUGACGAAGUUGUCAAAUGACAUCAGUCAAGCUUGGAAAACAUCGGGAGGCAGCAGCAGCAGCGGAACUGGGAAUGGACAGGUUGAGCAAUGUCCACAAUGCAGUGCUAAGUUUUCAUCGGUCUCAUCGUUAAUAGAGCAUGUGGAGAAAGUCCAUGAAAGGGGUGGCAACCGACCGGGGGUGAAGAAGGUAGUAAUUGACGCUUGUCCAAAGUGUAGUAGAGGAUUUAUUGAUCCUGUAGCCCUUGUGGAGCAUAUUGAGAGGGAUCAUGGUGGUACUUCAAGAGCUUGAGCAUGCAUAUAAUAGCAGGAAAUCUUGCCCGUCAAGACAGCUUAUACUUCACGAGGUACGAACUCCGACUCGUGCACCGGUUUGAUUGUUUCAUCAAACUAUCCCAUGGUAGAAUGAAUCAUUAUGCCAGCCCUUUGUGACUUCUGAAUUCUUUUUUAUUGAUUUGGCAACCUUGAUUAAUGUUGGGAUGAAGAAAGAUGAGAAGUUCUCAUUUGUAGAAUACUUGAGAAAAUUGAAUUUAUUGCCAGUUUCCCACACACCAAAAUCUUUUUCUGCAGACAACUUUGGAUAGAUUAUUCCGGAAUAGUAAAGAUGUCUUAUUCACUGAGCUAUGUUCGGAUUA